GCCACCACGACGCUGCGUGGAGCUUAGAACGGCGCGUGAUAACAAAUAAAUACACCUACCGAGAUGGCAUCCGCAAGAGAACAGCCAACAUUCUGCCGGGGGACGCACACCCUGUCAGUUCCGAUGGAACUGUUCCGGGAAAACAGCCGACGCCUGAGUGAACGACUGAGAAAGAACAAGGAUGUCCCUGAUGCUGCCUACGUCCUGCUUCAAGGUGGAGAGUCGACGACCAGAUACUGCUCGGACAACGAGCCCAUCUUCAGACAAGAGUCGUACUUCCACUGGGCGUUUGGUGUGGAGGAACCAGACUUCUACGGGGCUGUGGAGGUGGCAACAGGGAAGACCAUUCUCUUUGCUCCCAAAUUGCCAGCCUCUUAUGGUGUCUGGAUGGGCAAAUUGCUGACGUGUGAAGAUUUCCGUGUGCGCUAUGGUGUGGAUGAAGUCCAUUUUGUGCCCGAUAUUGCCAAGGUGCUGAAGGAAAAAAAUCCAUCUGUUAUCCUAACCCUGCAUGGUUUGAAUACCGACAGUGGGAAGUACAGCCGUGAGGCAGCAUUUGACGGAAUCGGAGAAUUCAAAGUUGACAAUAAGCUGCUUCAUCCAGAGAUCACGGAGUGCCGGGUGUACAAGAGUGACUACGAACUGGAUGUGCUGAGAUACGUCAACAGAAUCUCCAGCGAGGGACACAAAGAGAUCAUGAAAGGCAUGAGGCCUGGACUCUAUGAGUAUCAGGCAGAAAGCGUAUUCUGUCACUAUGUUUACAUCAAUGGCGGACUGAGGAACAUGUCCUAUACCUGUAUCUGUGGAAGUGGUGACAAUGGAUCGGUUCUCCAUUACGGCCAUGCUGGAGCCCCAAACAGCAAACUGAUCAGCGAUGGCGACAUGUGCUUGUUUGACAUGGGAGGGGAGUACUACUGCUACACGUCCGACAUCACCUGCUCCUUCCCUGCUAACGGCAAGUUCACCCCCCAGCAGGCUGGCGUGUACAACGCUGUGUACAAGGCAAGUCGGGCCGUCCUUGACGCCAUCAAACCAGGUGUAAACUACGUGGACAUGCACAAGUUGGCGGAGAGGGCGAUGUUGGCGGUGCUGAAGGAGCUGGGGUUGGUGCAGGGUGAGGUGGAGGACAUGAUGGCUGUUAGGCUUGGUGCCGUCUUCAUGCCACACGGCCUCGGCCACUUCAUGGGCAUCGACACCCACGACGUGGGAGGAUAUCCACAGGGAACAAAGAGAAUUGAUGAGCCCGGGCUGCGAUCGCUCCGGACAGUCCGUAACCUGGAACACAGGAUGGUGCUGACGGUGGAGCCAGGGUGCUACUUCAUAGAUCAGGUGCUGGAUGAAGCUCUUGCCAACCCCAAACAGGCCAAGUUCCUAAACAGAGACCAGAUUGACAGACACAGAGGUUUUGGAGGGGUGCGAAUCGAAGAUGACGUUCUGGUCACAGAGGAUGGUGUGGAAAUUCUAACCUGCGUACCUAGAACAGUGGAGGAAAUUGAGGCCUUGAUGGAGCAAGGGAGACAACUCCCUCGACAGCCCCUGCCCCAGGAAACAAAGAAAUAAGAAACACGAUUUUUUGCCAUUCCGCCUUAAAAAAACCAAUGUGAUACCAAUAUGAAACAAUUAUAUUCAAAUUCUGCUCAUGAUUUAUAUCUAGCUGUGAUCUUCAUUUAAUAAAAAGCACUUAUCAUGUUUACGGCACAUCUACAAUACUAGUGUUUUGUUGUCAUGGAAAUAUGGAAGUGGUAAGCUUGGUAAAUUUCCACCAAUUUGGAAAAAUCAACUUCUGAAUCUAAAAUGUCCUGCUUAUACUGUGAGACCCGAGACAUACAGACAUCUCCAAACUACAAGAUGUUUUGAGAGUGAUUUAGGUUACAAGUACUCAAAACUGUAAAUCAACUAGAAACUAGAAUGUUUCACUGCCUAUUGUCUUUGAAAUACAGAGAAACUGCCGAAACUUGUUGGAAAUGUUAAAGAACCAAACAAUUUUGAACGAACUAUUUCAGAGGUAUUUAAAAUUGCAUUCAAUUCAAUAAUUCAUUAAUUAAUAAAUUAAUAAGCAUCUUCCCCUUUCUGUUAUCAAUGGAACAAGUUAUCUUAACCAAUCUCCACAUCACUAUAUUUACAUGAAAUUGGAACUUUUUAUUCAAAUUUUGGAAUUUUUACUGACAAUUACUGCAGACUUGUGGCCAAAUAUCGGCUUCUGAGUAGGUCUAGAUAAAGCCAUUUAAUUUAUUGAUUUAUGAUUGGGACCAAGAUGAUAAUAAAUAUCCUUUUAAAAUUGCAAUGCAAACAAGAGCUCCAGGAAGAUGUAUUGAGACAUUUCAAUCCAGAAAUGUUGCAAUAUUUCCUUCAUGUUUUAGCUAUGAAGAUGGCAGUAUAUAGAUCACAUUAUCAAGAUGAAAAUAUCUACCCAAGGCCAAGCAUGCUAAGACAAACUGUCUCAUUUUCACUGCAAUAAAAUUGUUAAGUUGCAAGAUC